AAUCUGUUUCAAUGUGGAAAGCCCAACUAAAUUUUUACGCCUCGACUGUUGAUUGCCGACUUGCUCAAAAGCGUUAAUUCGGUUAAGCACUUAAAGCGUCCUCGUCAGCAGCAGCAGCAGCAGGAGGAGGACGAAUCGGAGUUGGUUGUUGUGGUGGGCUGUUAAAGAGGGCUUGCUGGAUUGAGCCAGCAGCUGUCCCAAUGUGGCCCAGACAUAAGGGCACACAAAUUGCGACGCACAGCAAGUUACGUGCAUAGUUCAAUUGAAGGUGAAUUCCAACUAAACGAGCCAGCGACACAAUAUUGAAACGAAGACAAAACAACAACACGAAAGCAGCAACAGAAGAGAAACAAAAAGAAACAAGCUUCAACAUGUCCAGCAGCCAUUCAGGCACAAUUGGCCGUAAACGCGUUGGCAGCGGCAGCGCAGUUGGCAGCGAUUUUUACUACAGCAGCAGCAGCGGCGGCGGAGGUGGCUCAAGCGGUGGCAUCGGCGGUGGCGGUGAGCAGCUGCGUCGACAACGCUCAGCGGAAUGGCACAGCCAUCGACAUGGACAUGGAUAUGGCAGCAGCAGCGAAGAUGAAUAUCAAAAUACCGCCCAGGCAACGGCCUUUGAUACCCAGCUAUUGGCUCAGCUGCUGUUGCAGAGUCAGCAAUUGGCAAGCAUGGAGCACUACAACUCGGACUGCGAGCCAGAAUAUUUGCGUCAGCGCAAACGCGACGCGCGUCACAGCGAAGACAACAACCUCGAGGUGACUUAUGCGCAGCCGCAUCAGCAGCGUCCCUCUGCCGCUUCCGCUGCCGCUGCCGCUGCCGCUGCGACGUCAUCGGGAUCGCCGCUAAAGCUGGCAACGUUGUCGUCGAGCACAACAACAACGACAACAACAGGCAACCAGAAAUAUCAAACGAACGCGAAUCUGGGACUUUUUCCCAAUAGCAGCAGCAGCAGCAGCACGCUGGCAGCGACGUCAACGUCAGCAGCAGCAGCAGCAGCAGCAGCAUCGACGCGCAGCACAAAUCCCUUCCUCAACGCCAAGUACAACAGCACAAUGGACGACGCGGCUUUGGAGUCAGGAGCAGCAACGUCAGCGUCAGCAGCAACGCCAAGCAGCGCUUAUUUGCUGCCAGCGUCGGCGUCGUCGUCGACGGCAGCGUCGAGCAGUCAGCGCAGUCAGCGCAGCGGCGCCGCACGCAACACAUUGAAUCGAUUGAGCGGCAUGACAAGCUCCAGCAGCGGCACCUCCGCCCUCUCCGUCAAUCGCAGCGAUUCGUUGCGCGACAAAACACAACAAUUGCUCGCUGCCGCUGCCGCCGUUGCAGCGACGUCGAAGCCAGCAGCAGCAGCAACCACGACGUCGGCAGCGCUGCAGUUACAGCAGCAGCAGCAUAGCGAUGAUGGCGGCGGGCUGAGCAGCGGGGGGGAAUCGGAACCGCCGCCAGAGCCAGCGCCGCCUGAGAUUCCGCCACGCACUCAAUCGCUGUUGAUGUCCUUGCGCAAGCAUUCCGACUACAAGCUCAAGUACGAGGAGAAGGGGGACCAAAAGCACGAGGAAUUCAUUCCGACCAGCCAACUCCAGAAGGAUUAUAUUAUUAGCGAUAAUCUUCGCACAGUGGAGCAACAAUUAAAACCCAUUUCUCCAGGCGAUUCUCAGGGAUUGGGCGGCCACCAACAACAGAUGCCACAAAGUAUGUCAACUGGCAGCAACACAAUCGGCCAUGGCGGCAUCGAUCGCGGCGGCGUCGGUGUCGGCGUCGGCGUUGGGAUGCCAAUGGGCGCUGGCACAAUGCCUGGCGGCGUUGGCGGUCAAGGCGUUGGAGGACCCCAAGUGUCGGUCGGUGGACCACCGGGCAGCGGCGGACCGGGUCCGCAUUGCCAGAUAAGCGGCUCACAGCCAUUGGUCAUGCCUGGAUUCCCAUUGCGUAAUUCGCACUCAGCGCAUGCACCGCAUUAUUCGCCAUAUUCACCAUCCAGGUUUCACAUAGAUAAACGCUGUCAACACCGAUGUUCCUGGAAAUGCUUGAGCAUCGCCUUAAUAUUCAUAUCCGUCGUCCUAACCGCCAUGUUGGCAUACUUUGCAGCAGUCAGUUCGAUGAAGCCGAACAUGGACAGCUCCAAUUGCAUCCUAGUCCAAGACGUCAAGUCGCAACCGCACGAUCUGCGAGGCGGUAUCGGAGGCAAGGCUGGCGACAACAAGGCGCUGGGAGGCGCCACCGCAUACCCCACUGAGGAAUCGAUACAGACGAGCACAUCCGAUCACAAUAGCAUCAAUGUGAAUUUGGCCGGUUUGCCGGCGGGCGCAACGGGCAUACAGCAGCAACUGUUGUUGCAACAGCAGCAGCCGCAUGCCAUCAAUCAACCGUUGACCCCGUUGGAUGCCACCAACACACAGCUGCAGGAUCAACUCACGUACGGCGGUGCAACUGGCGAUGGCCACCAGCAUCAUGGCAUCAAUGGUGGCCUCAACGGCGGUGGCAUCAACGGCGGUGGCAUCAACGGUGGCGGUGGCAUGAUGGGCGGCAUCAAUGGCGGUGGCCAGCAGCAGCACAAUCUGUUGUUGCAACAGGCGGGCGGACAUCAUCAUCCGGCAUUGCAGCAGCAGCAGGGCAUCGGUCUGAGUGGCGGGCAAUGGCCGCAAGUCGUUGAGCUGAAGGACUUCAAUGAGCUGUAUCAUGCCAAUAUACCGGCCUAUCAAUUCUGGACUUUGGAAUUCCGCAACAAGCAUCCGGCAUUCAUUCGGUUCAACUUUACGCUGCCGUGGGGCGCACACUUUGCUGUCUAUUCGCGUCGCAAUGUGGCGCCAUCGGUGACGCAACACGACUUUGUGGAGUUCAUCAAGGGCGGCCGGCUCGACAGCCAUCUGCGGCAUCGACGCAGCGCUGGCAAUGCAACAAGCACCGGCAGUGGCAGUGGCAAGGAUCGCGGACUGAUCGAUGUGGCAAGUAAUGUGGAAAGUAAGCAGCAACAACAACAACAUUUGCAGCGGAAACAUCGCAGCAACAGCUACGAGGAGGAACCCUACGACGAUGAAGCCGAUGAUGAAAGCAACAGCAACAGCAACAGCGCCAGCGAGGAGCAAGAAUCUCCCGCGAGUUUGGAAUACUUUGAUGUCGAGGCCAAGUCUUCCUUGGCGCAUCCGUUGCACAAACGCUCUGCGGCCGAUGGCGGCGCUGGAGGUUUGCCCGCUCUCGAUAUGGAUGCGAUGACGGUGAAUGUUUCGCUGUUGCAGUAUCUGGACACCGGAUUGUGGUUCAUCUCUGUCUACAACGAUGAGUUGGUUGCCCAUUCGGUGUCGCUGCUCGCCGAGGAGGCCGAAGGUGUCAGCACCACGUGCCCCAACGAUUGUUCCGGUCGCGGCAGCUGCUAUUUGGGCAAAUGCGAUUGCAUCGAUGGCUACCAAGGCGUUGACUGUUCCAAGAGCGUUUGUCCGGUGCUCUGCUCGGCUCAUGGCCACUACGGCGGCGGCGUCUGUCACUGCGAGGACGGGUGGAAGGGAGCCGAAUGCGAUAUACCGGUCGGUGAAUGCGAGGUGCCCAAUUGCUCCAGCCACGGACGCUGCAUCGAGGGCGAAUGCCAUUGCGAGCGCGGCUGGAAAGGACCCUACUGCGAUCAACAUGAUUGCCUUGAUCCUUUGUGCUCGGGACACGGCACCUGUGUGGCCGGUCAAUGCUACUGCAAGGCCGGCUGGCAGGGCGAGGACUGCGGCACCAUUGAUCAGCAGGUGUAUCAAUGCCUGCCCGGCUGCUCGGAGCAUGGCACCUACGACUUGGAGACCGGACAAUGUGUCUGCGAGCGACACUGGACAGGACCAGAUUGUUCUCAAGCCGUCUGCAGCUUGGACUGUGGUCGCAAUGGAGUCUGCGAAUCGGGCAAGUGCCGUUGUAAUACCGGAUGGACGGGCAAUCUGUGCGAUCAGCUGCCCUGCGAUGCACGUUGCUCGGAACAUGGUCAGUGCAAGAAUGGCACCUGCGUCUGCUCCCAGGGCUGGAAUGGGCGACACUGCACGCUACCUGGCUGCGAAAACGGAUGCUCUCGUCACGGUCAGUGCACAUUGGAGAACGGCGAAUAUCGUUGCGAUUGCAUUGAGGGUUGGGCCGGCAGCGAUUGUUCGAUCGCAUUGGAAAUGAACUGCAAGGACAACAUUGAUAACGAUGGCGAUGGCAUGACGGACUGUUCUGAUAGCGAGUGCUGCUCGCAUCCCGCCUGCUCGGAGCACAUCAUGUGCCUCUCGUCCAACGAUCCCGUUGAGGUGCUGCUGCGCAAGCAACCGCCCUCGGUGACAGCGUCCUUCUACCAGCGAGUCAAGUUCCUUAUCGAGGAGAACUCAGUGCAAUCGUAUGCCCACAUGGAUGAGUACAGCGAAAAUCUCUUCUGGAGCUCGUUCACACCUUGUCGUGUUUCGGUGAUGCGAGGUCAGGUGAUAACGCCCCAAGGUCUGGGCAUCGUUGGCAUUCGUGUCUCUGUGGAUCGUGACUCACGUUUUGGCUUCACUCUCACACGACAAGGCGGCUGGUUCGAUGUGCUGGUGAAUGGUGGCGGUGCAGUUACCCUGCAAUUCCAGCGAUCACCCUUCCGUCCACUUACCCGCACCGUGUUUGUGCCCUGGAAUCGCAUCGUCGUGUUGCCGCCGGUGCAAAUGCAGCUGAGCGAUGACGAUGAAACCACCAGUCGCAACAUCAAGGUCGCACCAUUGAAUCCGGCAUUGACGUUCCUCAACUCGAUCCAUUAUCACACGGCCGACGAGGCGAACGAUGCGAGCAAAGUGUGCAUGGAUCAUGAUCACGAGAAGCUCAAGCCCCAAUUGAUUAGCACUUGGAUGCCAAACGGUGUGGGCGCCAUGCCCGGCAAGCGGGUCAUCUUCGCUGAGACGCAGAUUGUACAGGAGUCUAUACAGAUUCCCGGCUCGGAUCUGCACCUCACCUAUCAAUCGUCGCAGGCUUCUGGUUAUCUGAGCAUCGUGCGCAUGCGUCUGACAUCUGAGACCAUUCCCAAGACCCUGACCCACGUGCAUGUGGGCGUUGAGAUCGAGGGUGCACUGCAUGUGAAGACCUACGAGGCUGAUCCGAAUCUCAUACACACGUUUGCGUGGAACAAACGCAACGUCUAUCGUCAGAAGGUUUACGGUGUGACCAUCGCACGCAUCUCGGUGGGCUAUCAGCACACCACGUGCCAAACUCCCGUGUGGAUCACACAGACAGCGAAGCUGCAGGGUUACGAUGUGGAUAUCUCCGAUAUCGGUGGCUGGGGACUGGACAUCCAUCAUCAUUACAAUUUCCAUGAAGGAAUUCUGCAGAAGGGCGAUGGCAGCACCCUGCACAUGAAGGAAUAUCCCCGCACCGUCAAGGUGGUGAUGGGAACCGGACUGCAACGACCUCUGAAUUGUCCCGACUACUGCAAUGGCGUGGCCAAGGAUGCCAAGCUGUUGACCCCGAUCGCAUUGGCCACCGGGCCCGAUGGCAGUCUGUAUGUCGGCGACUUUAAUCUGGUGCGUCGCAUUACACCCGACGGCAAGGUGUUUACCAUUCUCCAGUUGAGCGCCACUCAGGUGUCGUAUCAAUACUAUUUGGCCGUCUCCCCCGCCGAUGGACAUCUGUACAUUUCGGAUCCGGAACGUCAUCAAAUCCUGCGACUACUGCGACUGGAGAAGGUCAAGGAUCCGAGCAUCAACAGCGAACCGGUUGUGGGCAGCGGUCAGCGUUGCAUUCCCGGCGAUGAGGGAAAUUGCGGCGAUGGAGGCGCCGCUCUUCAGGCGCGUCUCUCGCAUCCCAAGGGACUGGCGAUUGCCGCCGAUCGCACCAUGUACAUUGCCGAUGGCACCAACAUUCGUGCCGUCGAUCCCAAGGGCAUCAUCCACACCCUGAUCGGACACCAUGGACAUCACAAUCACUGGAGUCCCGCACCAUGUUCGGGCACCCUGAUGGCCAAUCAGGCCCAACUGCAAUGGCCCACCGGCUUGGCAUUGAGUCCGCUCGACGGAUCGCUGCAUUUCAUCGAUGAUCGUCUCGUCUUGCGUCUGACUUCAGAUAUGAAAAUACGUGUUGUCGCGGGCACUCCGUUGCAUUGCAGCAACAAUGGCCAGGACAAUGGGCGAGCGAACAAGACGGCAACGGACAAUGUCCUUGGCACUGUUUUAGCCAUGGCAUUUUCACCCUUUGGCGAUUUGUACAUCGCCGACAGCGAUUCGCGACGCAUCAAUUCGAUACGUGUUGUGGACACCGCGGGCAACAUGCGUUACUUUGCUGGCAAACAGGAGAGCACCGGCACCCAAACCUGCGACUGUGCAAUUGGAAAUGGCAGCAACGGUUCGUCGGCGAACGGUUUGACGUUGGGCAAUGGUGGUGCUUAUUCAACGACCGUGAAUCCGACACGCAAUAAUGGCGGCACGACGCCAACGACACCAGCUGGCGGAAACGGAAAUAAUGCUGGCAGUGGCAACGGCAAUGGCAACUCUGCCGGCAAUGGCAAUGGCAUCAACAUCGGCAUCAUCAGCAGCACCGGCGCUUGUGUCUGCGCCGGCGGCGUCAAUGCUGCAACGGCUGGCGGCUCCGGCAUCGGCUCCUCCUCCUCCUCCUCAUCGGGCUCAAGUGCCGGCCAAACUUUGGCGGGUAUUGUGGCCGGCGGCAGUUUAAUGUCAACGGGACCCACGACAACGACCACGGUGCUGUUGGGCGCCAAGACAACAGCUGCGAAUCUCAACGGCAACGGCGCCACCCUCAACGACGAUGGCACUCUCAGCAAUGCCGAGACUCUUCUCUCUUCCAAUGCCCGCUUCCAGGCCAUCUCUGCGAUUGCCGUUGCCCAGGACGGCGUCAUCAAUGUGGCCGAUCAAGGAUCAUUGCAUGUGCUCGCCUUGGAACACUAUUUGCCGUCGCAUGAUGAAAAUGGUGAAUUCCACAUACCCUUCCCACCGUCCAGUGAAAUCUAUGUGUUCAAUCGCUACGGUCAGCAUGUGGCUACCAAGGAUCUGACCUCGGGCAAGACUCGCUACUCGUUCCUCUACUCGAAGAACACGAGCUUCGGUCGUCUGUCCACUGUGACCGAUGCUUCGGGCAAUAAGAUACAAUUCUUGCGCGACUACAGCAAUGUGGUGAGCUCGAUUGAGAACACACAGGAUCACAAGUCGGAGAUACAGAUCAAUGGCAUUGGCAUCAUGACCAAACUGAGCGAGAAGGGACGCCAGGAGAUCGAAUUGGACUACGACAGCAACACGGGACUCUUGAAUUCCCGGUCGUCGGGUGGCGAGACCUACAUCUAUCAGUACGAUGAGUUUGGACGCGUCACUGGCAUGAUUUUGCCCAGCGGUGAAAUUGUGCGUAUCACCUCACAGCUGGCCGAUAACAAGGGACUCACCGUGUAUGUGCACGCCUCCGUUGAGUCGCUCUUCUCACGCGAACGCUCCACAGGUCCCAACUCCGGAUCCGGUGAUGCCAACGAACUGCUCGUUCUCGGUGGCGUUCGCUCGACGUUCCUGAAGCGUGGACGCGCUCAUGCCGAUGCCGAACUCAAGGCUAACAAUACGCUGGUAAUUCACGGUGCCAAUGGUGUGGUGGUUGAGGCUUCCGCGGUGGCCCGGCAUCCGUUGCUGGAGGCUGCGUUGCCCGUCGAGGCUGAAAUGUUGGCCAUGUGGUCGCAUCAGAGCGUCACGAUGGGCGAUGGCCUUACGAACUCCAUGUAUUCCGUGUACAAUUUGAUCGGGGAUGUGCGCAAUCCACAGCAGACAUUGAAUCGCGAGAUCUGGGUGAAUCAAUCCCGGGUGAUUGGCGUUGAAUUCGAUCAGUUCACCAAUCGCGAGACCUUCUACGAUGCCCAACGCACACCGAUACUGAUUGUCGCGUACGAUCAAUCGGGUCUGCCCAAAUCGUAUUAUCCGGCCAACGGUUAUCCCGUCAACAUCACCUACGAUCGCUUCAAUCGCGUCGAGGGCUGGGCCUGGGGACCCGCUGAGCUCAAGUACAGCUACGAUCGUCACGGUCUGCUGUCGGAGAUUACAUCGCAGCAGGACGGCAUCAUUUCGUUUGUGUACAACGAUUGGAAUCUGGUGUCGGAAAUCGGUUUGGCCAGUCAGCGCAAGUUUGUGUUGCAAUAUGACGAUGCGGGCGGCUUGCGACACGUUGUCCUGCCCUCGGGCACCCGGCACAGCUUCAGUAUGCAGACUUCCAUCGGCUUCAUUCGUUGCACCUACACGCCACCGGGCAGCACUCGGGCUUAUCUCCAGCACUACAGUCACGCCGGAGCGUUGUUGCAAACGAUUCUACCCGGCGAUGGGGCGCGCAUUGUGUAUCGUUAUAAUGCGGCCGGCCAACUGACCGAGGUGGUGCAUGGCGACGGACGCAGCGAGUUCCAGUAUAACGAUGCCACCGGAAUGCCGAGCACGGUGUCGCAUGCGGAACGGGAACUUGAGUACCGAUGGGACUUUGAGUAUGCCGCCGGAUUGUUGACGGAGGAGCGCAUCGAUUAUGUGGCCAAGACCGGUCUGAGCAACGCGAAGUUCAGCUACGAGUACGACAGUCAAUUGCGUGUGAUUGCACUCCAGGGACGCAUCGGUGGCCAGAGUUUGCCCAGCCAGGCGUACGCUUACGAUCGUCGCACCGGUCAGCCAAGUCUGAUCGGACAGUUCAAGUUCACGCGCCCGGCCCUGAAUCAAACGCAACUCCACGAUGGCACCGCUGGCUUCACGCGCACCGUCGACGGUCGCUUCCAAACGCAACGCAUGGCCUUGACCAUCCAUCGACUGGAGGUGUUCCGCAUGGAGUUCAGCUAUGGGGUGCACGGUCGCAUCUCGCAGACGCGCACUUACACUCGCAACAUGGCCGUGAAUAGUUACACGAACGUGAAGAACUACACGUGGGACUGUGAUGGGCAGCUGAUGGGCGUGGAGGCGCAGGAACCGUGGGGAUUCCGGUACGACGACAACGGCAAUCUGUUGUCGCUGACGUAUCGGGGCAACACCAUACCGAUGGAGUACAAUGCCCAGGAUCGCAUUGUCAAGUUCGGUGAGGGUCAGUACAAGUACGAUGCUCGCGGUUUGGUGGCGCAGAAUGCACGCGAGGAACGCUUCCACUACAACACGCAGGGUUUGUUGGUGCGCGCCUCGAAACGGGGACGAUUUGAUGUGCGCUACUAUUACGAUCAUCUGAAGCGUUUGACCACGCGCAAGGACAACUUUGGCAAUGUCACGCAAUUCUUCUACACGAACCAACAGCGACCGUACGAAGUCUCGCAAAUCUAUUCACCGCGCGAUGGUAAACUCAUGUCCCUGACGUACGACGAUGUCGGUCACUUGAUCUACGCCCAGGUGUAUCGGCACAAGUAUUAUGUGGCCACAGAUCAGAGCGGCACACCGUUGAUGCUGUUCAAUCAGUACGGCGAGGGCAUCAGGGAGAUAAUGCGUUCGCCCUUCGGUCACAUUGUCUACGACUCGAAUCCGUAUCUGUAUCUGCCCAUCGAUUUCUGUGGCGGCAUUCUCGAUCAGGUCACCACGCUCGUGCACAUGGGCGACGGACGUGUCUAUGAUCCCCUGAUUGGCCAAUGGAUGUCGCCCGAUUGGCAGCGUGUUGCCGAGCGCAUCAUAACGCCGACGCGUCUGCAUUUGUAUCGCUUCAAUGGCAACGAUCCGAUCAAUGUGGGUCAGGAGCGUCAUUAUCCCGCCGAUUUUGCCAGCUGGAUGCGCACCCUCGGCUACAAUGUGGGCAACAUGAUGCCCCAACUGUCGAAGGACUUGUGGCAACCGCCAGCACUCUGGGGACGUCCGCCCACCAAUCCAAUAGCGUUGAACAUGCGGCGACCCUUCGACAACAUCCCGACGAUGGCAGUGGAAAGCGGAUUCCUUGCGCACCUCAAUGUGCGUCGCAUGUCCGACUUUGAGCAGCUCUCGGCACCGCCGCGCUCCGCACUCAAAUGCGAUGUAAUGGAUCCCUCACCGCGCAGCAUUGGCUCCGACACUGAACCGCCUUUCGGCAAGGGAAUUGUUGUCUCACGCACCGCCGACGGUCAGGCCAUUGUGUCGAGUGUCCCCGCAGCAAAUGCCAUCUAUCGGGAUGUCUACACGAGUGUGUUCAAUCGCUCCAAGCUGUUGCCGUUCACUUUCGUAGUGCACAAUGCGCAACAGGAUUCGUUCUUCUUUGUCAAGGAGGAUGCGUGGCGCGCCAGCGAGGAUAGACAGCAACUGAAGCGACUCCAGGGUCAGGUGAACACCACGUUCCAUGAGAUCACACGCGAGACAACGCCCGGCGGUGGUUCGGGCUCACAGAGCGGUGCAGCUGGCGGGGCAAACGCUGCUGGCGCCUCGACUGGAAACUAUCUGGAUGUGAAGAUCCAUGGAGCGCAUGCCAUCAUCAAUUUGCGCUAUGGCACCACGGUGGCCAAGGAGCAGCAGCGUCUGAUGCAUCACGCCAAGUUGACGGCGGUGCGCAAGGCCUGGCAUAGGGAGAAGGAGGCGUUGCGCAGCGGUCUGACAACAGCGCUCGAAUGGACACAGCAGGAGUCCGAUGAGAUUGUGAAGCAGAGCUAUGCCAAUAACUAUGAGGGUGAGUACAUACACGAUGUCGCCCUGUAUCCGGAACUCGCCGAGGAUCCCUACAACAUCAAGUUCGUGAAGAAGAAGGGCGCCACCGGGGGUGCGGCGGGUGUGCCAAAUGGUCAGCAGAGGCGACGACGACGCAGCCUCACAUCGGCCUGGUCGACUGGCUCGGAUCACGGUGAUUCGACAGGGGAUGCGGAUACCGAGUCCGUUGCGUGUUAGUCGCAUCUUCCCCCAUCGCCACUCCCCUCUACCCACUACCCACUAAACAUAUGCAUAUACUAUAUAUAUAUAUAAAUUACAAAGAAAACAUAUUUAUAAAAGAGAACAAAAGAAAACUAUCAAUAAUUACCGAGUAUUAUUAGCCCCCGAAAAGCGGAAGGGCGCAAACGAGAGAACGAAGAUGAGGAAGAAGAGGAAAAACUGUACUAAAAAUAACUAAACAAUAGGAUCUAAAAACUCAAACACACACACACACACACACCGUAAAUGUUAAUCGAAUUCAUUUAUAAGUCAAGCUAAAGAAUGUUUUUUUUUUAAAUCGUUAGUAACUAGAUGCGACAGAGCAAAUGCAUAUAUAUAAUGAAUGAUGAUAUAUACACUAUAUACAUAUAAUAUAUAUAUAUACAAUAUAAAACAAUAAUAUUAUUGUAAUAGUUUAUAGACGGACGGACAGUUCAUGCACAGGCGUGUCUAUAGAUUGGGUAUGUGUGUAGCCGAUAAAUAUAUCUAGAUGUCUAGAAAUGUAAUAAAAAUAUGUGUCAAGAUAUUCUGUAUCAAUGUCUACUAAUACUACACAUAACAAGCAAACGAAAGGGAAGGUAAAGGAAGUUAGAUCUAUGAGAGGUAAGCCAACUAGUUUUUUUUUUUUUCGUUGAUUGAUUGAUCGUGGUACUCGAGCUUUUUGAGACUGGCAUAGUUUUAAACAAAUCACACACACUCACACUCAUACAAAACAUACCAAGCUAAGCGAGAUGGAAGAGGAAUAUAUAUAUAUAUAUGCAUAUAUACUCGAUAUAGACACGCUUGAGCAUGACGUAUAACUAUGAUAACUGUAUAUAUAACGGAUAUGAGAUGGGAUGCAACAAAUAAUGAAGCAUAGUUUUAGGGGCCCGUCGUAGCUGUAGCUAAUUAUGCCAAGUUUAGACCAAAACGAGCAGAACGAGAGAGAGAAAGCUUGAUAUACACACACACACACACACACUGACAGACAGACAGACAUGCUCAUGCUAUAUAGCCAACUUUCUAUAUAUGAAAUGAAAAGCGAAAAAAAAACAAAACAAAACAACAUAUUACUAUUAUAAACUAAUAGAGAAAACGCAAAACCACAAUGGAAACAAAAAAGAGAGAAAACAAAAACGUAAAAACUAAUUAAAUAUGCGCCAUAAAUGUAACUGUAACUGUAAACCAUAAAAGCAUGGCUAAAAUAUUUAAACAAAUUAAUAGGCCACACAUUAACGUCGAGGCAAUUACGCUGCAAUUUCGCAAGCAUAUUGCAGCGAAAUUAUCAGGCGAAAGCAUAAAGAACAAACCACAAUAGCGAAACACACACAAAACAAGAACAAAAGGCAUAAUCAUGCAACAUAAAUUUUUAGCUCUUAAAUAUAAAAAAUAAUUGCAUUUUUUUGUACGUAACUUUUAACUUAAUUAAUUUAUUGCUUUCAAAAUGGGAGGGAAACAAACAAAUGGAAAAAAAAACCAAAACAAUUGCAACAUAUAUAUUAUAUUUAAAAUAGUGUACGUAAAGAGCUUUUCUUUUUUUAUUAGAUAGCUUGUAAGCGAAUUAUUAUUAUGAAUUAAUGAUUAAAUUAAAGCCUAAUUCUAUUAUUAAAAUUGUAUAAUGUUUUGUUAUUAUUUGUAAGAUUCUUUGCGCUUUCUUUGACAAACAAAAGAACAAGAAAAACGCAAAUCUCAUUACACAAAUAAAUAAAAUAAAACGAGCAAACGAAAAAAAAAAAAAACAAAAA